CUCCAGGAUGCCAUGCCCUCCCCCGGGAGGAAAGCAGAGAUGGUCAUCUAGGCCUCCUUCUCUUUUGACCUCUCCUUUUUCGUUCCUUCCUUUGCUCGGUGUCUCUGGUUCAUCUCCCCCUGUCUCUAGCAAUUUGGUGCACAGUAGAGCGGCGGGGGCCUCAGCUGGGGACCGGAGCGCCUGCGGGGCGGGCGGAGGCGAGGGUCUGCCCACUGGAAGGGCCCCGCGCACCUCCGGCCCAUGCUCCGGCGGGCAGCGAGCUUGAACAUCUGGGGCUGGCCUGGGGCGGCAGGGUCUUGUGCGCGGUUGGCGCGGCCGCUGCGCCGGGCCGGAGGGUGAGGCCGCGCUGCGGAGCGGGGAUAGAGCUGGCACCUCCAGAUCAGAUCCGUGGCGCCUAGGGGGCCGCCGCGAUGCCAGGCGAAAAUAUCUUCCUGUUCGUGCCUAACCUCAUCGGUUAUGCCCGGAUUGUCUUCGCCAUCAUUUCUUUCUACUUCAUGCCCUGCUGCCCCCUCACGGCCUCCUCCUUCUACUUGCUCAGCGGACUUUUGGACGCUUUCGAUGGACACGCUGCUCGAGCCCUUAAUCAAGGGACCCGGUUUGGGGCCAUGCUGGACAUGCUGACGGACCGCUGCUCCACCAUGUGUCUGCUGGUCAACCUGGCCCUGCUGUACCCUCGUGCCACCCUUCUCUUCCAGCUCAGCAUGAGCCUGGAUGUGGCCAGCCACUGGCUGCACCUCCAUAGUUCUGUGGUCCGAGGCAGUGAAAGUCACAAGAUGAUUGACCUGUCUGGAAAUCCAGUGCUUCAGAUCUACUACACCUCCAGACAGCCUUUUUUGCUGUUUGUGCAGCCUGCUCUGUUUAUCCUGUGUGCUGGGAACGAACUUUUCUACUGCCUCCUCUACUUGCUCAAUUUUUCCGAGGGACUUUUAGUUGGCUCUGUGGGUCUCUUCCGAAUGGGUCUCUGGAUCACUGCCCCCAUUGCUUUGCUGAAGUCUGUCAUCAGUGUCAUCCACCUGGUCACAGCUGCUCGAAACAUGGCUGUCCUGGAUGCAGCAGACCGUGCCAAGAAGAAGUGACCCUGGAACCUCCAGCCCCUGGCUGUCCACCUGCCCUGGGAGUCUCACGGUACCACGAGGGUCCCCUCUCCCUCCCAGGAGGUCCCACUCUCAUGUCUUCCUAACAUGUUAUCCAACAUGCUGGGAACGGGGUAACCCUCUCUGGGGAUGUCAUGUUCUCCAUAAUCCUGAAGACCAUUCCCAUCCCUGUGAUCCCCAAGGACCUGGACUUCAAAUAGGAAAGAUGUUCUGGUGGCCCCACCCAUAAGGGCAGUGCUCCUGGGGCACCAAGAGGCCUGAGGACUGGCAUUGUCACACAUGCUGGCUCAGCGCUGGGGUCUGGCUUGACCUGAGACUUCAGGGACACGAGUGUGAGGGAGAUUGGGCAGGGGCCAGGCUUCGCAAGAGGCAGGGAGUCGGACCUCUGCUCCUGGCCCGAGGAAGCCUGCAGGUGCCAAGGCCAGAAGAAAAGGGGCUGUCUGGAACCUUUCCCACUAUAGCCCUCUCUGUCCAGUCUGUCUUGACUGAAAGCCUAGAUAAUAAAGGCAGGGCUUCACUAUCCUGGGCUUGGUUUCCUUUGAGAUACUCUGGGUUGAGGGAAGACUGGGGGAAAAGGGAUAUCCAUCUGGAUGCUUUUACCCCGGUUGUUCACUCGCUGACUCCUUGCCACCUAAGCUGUUGCCAUGUCCUCAUUGCUCUACUGCUUUAUUUUCUGACACUGGCCGUCCAUAUUUAUCGGUGUGCCUGACGUUUUCCACCCCCCCACAGAAUGUAAACUGAAAGCACAGACUUUUCUUGUUCCUUCUCUAUCCCUGCAAUAAAGGUUAACCUUAACCUGG